AUGGGGGACACCGCCGCCGACCUUGCGGUAGUGUUCGCAUCGUCCGAAUAUGCGUCAGACUACGCCGACCUGCCCUCCAUGGUUCGCGAGCUGCUGGGUCCACAGGUUCUCGUGUUGGGCUGCUCCGGCGGCGGUAUCAUCGGCGGCGGCACCGAAAUAGAGCAGGAACCAGCGGUGUCUAUGACCGCGGCCAGCCUGCCCGGUGUCAACAUAAAACCCAUUCGCCUCGAGGGCGACGGUCUCCCCGACAUGGACGCACCGCCCGACAAUUGGCACGAAGCGCUGGGAGUCACCCCCGACGAGGAGCCUCAGUUCGUUCUCCUGGUCGAUCCGAUGUCAUUUCCCGCGCAAAACCUGUUGUUGGGUAUGGAUUAUGCCUUUCCCGCCGCCGCGAAAAUCGGCGGACUGGCCAGCGCCGGCCAGGGUGCACGACAGAACGGCCUUUUCCUUGGUCAGGAUUAUCACGACUCCGGCGCCAUUGGCGUUGCCUUGUCCGGUAACAUCGUCGUAGAGACAGUGGUUGCACAGGGUUGCCGCCCCAUCGGUAAUCCGAUGCGGAUCACCAAGAGCGACCGUAAUUUCCUGGUUGAGCUGGAUGAGCAACAGCCCCUGAACGUGCUGCGAAGUAUCUUCGAGCAGGCUGACCAGAGGGAUCGCGACCUGAUGCAGAACUCGCUGUUUCUUGGUGUGGUCAUGGAUGCUCUAAUCGAUGAACCUCAGCAGGGCGAUUUCCUGAUCCGCAACGUGAUGGGCAUGGAUCAACGCAGCGGCGUUCUCGCGAUUGGCGAAAUGCUCAAAGAGGGCCAGCUGGUUCAGUUCCACCUGCGCGACGCCGAAACGUCUGCCGAAGACCUUUCCGCUGUGCUGGAACGCUACGCCAUAGACAACCGGGAAAACCCGGCUCAUGGCGCGUUGCUGUUCUCGUGCCUGGGACGUGGCAAAUACCUCUACGGCAAGUCCAACCACGACACCGAAGUGUUCCACGACAAGGUCGGCGCAACCGUGCCUUUGGGUGGCUUCUUCUGCAAUGGAGAGAUUGGGCCGGUAAGCGGGACCACCUUCCUCCACGGCUACACCAGUAGUUUCGGAAUCUUCCGCCCCCGCGGGUAA